UGUAGAUAAAGCACCCUUCGUCCCAAACCCGACAUAAGAACGUCAUCGUCUCACAAACUGCUGAUUUAGCGCUCUCUCUGUCUCUCUACCACUCUUCUCCAACUGAAAAAUUCCCGCAUUCAUCAAAUCCCCGUCUCAUUGGCUCUUCAUUCAAGGAUUCUUUCGCUCAUCUUAAACAGGAAAGGUAAGAUUGCUGGUUCUUGAUGGCUACUUUGGGAAAUCCAGCAAACAUAUUCUGGCAUCAGUGUGCAGUUGGGAAGGCAGAAAGGGAAAAAUUACUCAAUCAACAGGGAUGCAUUGUAUGGAUCACUGGCCUUAGCGGUUCAGGAAAAAGCACACUUGCAUGCUCUCUUGGCAGAGAAUUACACUCAAGGGGCAAGCUUUCUUACGUUCUGGAUGGUGACAAUCUUAGGCAUGGUCUCAAUAAGAAUCUUGGUUUCUCGCCAGAAGACAGGACUGAAAAUAUCCGCAGGGUUGGGGAAGUGGCGAAGCUAUUUGCGGAUGCUGGUUUGAUUUGCAUUGCCAGUUUAAUAUCUCCUUACAGAAAGGACUGUGAUGCUUGCCGCACCAUGUUGCCAAAUUCAUUUAUUGAGGUUUUUAUGAAUACGCCACUAGAAGUAUGUGAAAGAAGAGACCCAAAGGGCCUCUACAAGCUUGCUCGAGCUGGAAAAAUCAAAGGUUUUACUGGAAUAGAUGAUCCUUAUGAGGCACCUUCAAACUGUGAGAUUGAGCUGAGUCAAAAAGACGGAGCAUGCCCUACACCAAAUGACAUGGCUGCUGAAGUUGCCACUUAUUUGGAGGGCAGAGGUUUUCUGCAGACUAUUAUAUGAUCACAACAGAUUGUGGAAAAGGAACCUGCUUCUGCUCCAAGAACAUCAGGGGAGUUGUGUAUUUACAAAUGCAAUUAUUCUCUGUUAGCAAGGGUGAAACGUUGGCUAUUGCUUAUAGCCUUCUUGCUUGUCAUACUUUAUAGUUAGACAUCUUUAUAGGAAUUGGGAAUUAGAUAGUAUAUAAGAGAAACAAUUUAGUACUAUCCUCAUUUUCUUUUUAAUAGCAACAUGUUGAAUUUUACAUUAUUAACAUGCUCUACUUUGACUACAAUUUAUUUAUUUAUUUAUUUACGAGAACUAUUUUUUUAAAUUCUGUUCAA